GUAAAACGUCCUUGAGAUUUUCAUAAGACGGGUUGUGAGAUCGAUCGGCGACGAACUUGUUUUUUGAUCGAUCUACGUUUCCUCUCCGAUCUCCGAUCUCCUCCUGUCAGAUUCCUCUUUCAAACUUUUUCGCGAUCUUUCUCUAUUUGGGUGUUCGUCGUACAAAGCUGCCUUCUCUCGAUUCUUCUGCAUAAUUUGUGCCCCAGAUUUUGUGUGGAUUUGCUUUCGGAGUUAAAGUAGAUGGCAGGGGAAAGGUGUGAUCUUAACAAGGACGAAGCGAAGAUUCUCAAACCCUCGUCGUCCUCUUCGCCCCCUCCGUUGCCAUCGCAGCCUUCUCUUUUGGCCCCUCAAGAAUUUCCAGCUCCGGAGAGGCCCGAGAGGCUCCAAGCUCCUGUCGCUCCGAUCUCCUGCCCGCUGAAGCCCGAGGAAGAGCGCCGGUCGUCCCCGCCCAUCAAGCGCUGCCUGAUCUGCAGGAAAAGGGUGGGUUUGACCUGCUUCCGCUGCCGCUGCGGCGAUCUCUUCUGCAAUCUCCACCGAUACUCCGAUGCUCAUGACUGCUCUUUCGAUUACAAGGCGGCUGGUAGAGAGCAGAUCGCCAAGAACAACCCUCUCAUAAGAGCUGCAAAGAUCAUUAAAAUAUGAGGUUACGCUGCUUCUGUUCUUCCCUCAACUUCAGCUUGCAGUCUGAUUGAAUUGCAUUCUGUCUCAAUCAUCCAGAGAUUCAACCCAGAUUUCUUAGCAUGUGUUCUCUACUACUGAUAUCUGAUGAAUGAUCAGCCAGAAAUUUUGCAUGAUUCAAAUCAAAUUUCUGUGUAGAAUUUCUUUCUUGAAACUUGAAAAAAGAAGCUUCUUCUUCCAUUGUUAAGGUCUUUGCUUGUUUAGAAACUGACAUGGAAGUUUGAUGUGCCUAGUUCUUCAAAUUCCUUGAUUCUUAUUAUGAGUUAGAUAAUUUGGAAGCACUUUGAUAUCAGUAAUAGAAAACUUUGCUUGUUUCU